AUCACCAUUCGCAGAUGCCGUUCGGGUGCUGUGUACGUUCAGGCAUAGAUGUUUAAGACAUUCCAAUAGCUUGUAAACCUCUUUCCCAGUUCUUUACACACUGAUUAGGGGAAUGGCACCUGACCACUUCUACACCGGUACCCAGAUCACACCACAUGCCUGACUUUUGGAGGCCAAGCUUAACACUUACAGGCGCAUUAGCUUCUAGCUUGUGAUCUUGACGUCAUAAGGAUUUCACCUUUGCCAGUUAGGAAGGAAUGAGCGAAACGGCCGCCGGCGAGGGUCCUCCUGGGCAGCCAGCAGUGCUGGCGAAGGGCCUAGAACGCGUUGUUCUGAAACGACGAGUGACUGGAAUUCGGAGACUGGAUGUGGCUCCUUUUCUCGUGCUUUACGCGUUGGUUGUGGUUAAGACCGGUUACCACGCAAGCCGCUUUGAAUGGGAUCUCUUCACUUACCACUGCUAUGGCAUAGCCGGCGUGGCGCUGCUGAACAUCUUGGCGCAUCUGUUCACUCAUUGGAGCAUCCGCUUCCGCGCCCUGGUGUCGACAGCCAACGUGUCCGACCUUGACGACGCGGAGGUGGUGCUGGUGGUGCCAGUCCGCUUCAACGGCAGCACGGAGCUGGUCCCGCUUGACCGCAGGAGUCUGAAGGACACGCUGCAUGAAGUUGAGGAGCUCAGCUUCGAGUUCCGGCGGCAGCGCUUCGUGUACAAUGCGGAGCGGCACUGCUUCGAGAAGCUGCGCUUCCCGGAUAAGGAGACGUUUGAGACGUACAGUCGGGCCAGCGGUCACGGCACGGAGACCAAGCAGCUGGCGGCAUUCGACCGCUACGGUCUCAACCGUGUGGACGUGCCGCUGCCCGCCUUCUCCGCCCUCAUGAAGGAGCACCUGGUGGCGCCCUUCUUCGUGUUCCAGGUGUUUUGCGUGAUGCUGUGGAUGCUGGACGAGUACUUUUACUACUCGCUGUUCACGCUGUUCAUGCUGGUCACCUUUGAGAGCACGGUGGUGGGGCAGCGGCUGCGCAAUCUGAAGGAGCUGCGCUCGCUGCAGACGCCCAAGCAGCAGAUACACGUGUACAGGUGUGGCAAGUGGGAGCUGCUGCCAGGCGACUCGCUGCUGCCCGGGGACGUCAUCUCCAUCGGCCGACCCACCUCGGACCCCACCUCUGCCGGCGGCGACAAGGUGGUCCCCGCCGACUGCCUGCUGCUGGCUGGCAGCUGCAUCGCGGAGGAGGCGGUGCUGACUGGCGAGAGCACCCCGCAGUGGAAGACGCACAUCGGGGACCGGCUGGCGGGGGGCGAGGGGGGAGCGCGGGAGCGGCUGUCGUCCAAGGCGCACAAGCAGCACAUCCUGUUCGGGGGCACCAAGAUCCUGCAGCACACGGGGGACAAGGGCGCGCGCAUUCGCACCCCCGACGGCGGCUGUCUGGCGGUGGUGCUGCGCACCGGCUUCGAGACGGCGCAGGGGCGGCUGAUGCGCACCAUCCUCUUCUCCACCGAGAGAGUGACGGCCAACAACGCGGAGGCCGGGCUCUUCAUCGCCUUCCUCAUGCUCUUCGCGCUGUCGGCCGCAUACUACGUGCUGGUCAAUGGGCUGGAGGACCCCUCCCGCUCCCGCUUCAAGCUGCUGCUGAACUGCAUCAUGAUCGUCACCUCCGUCAUCCCGCCCGAGCUGCCCAUGGAGCUCUCGCUGGCGGUGAACGCCUCGCUGCUGGCUCUGGCGCGCAAGAGGGUCUUCUGCACCGAGCCCUUCCGCAUUCCCUUUGCCGGCAAGGUUGAGGUGUGUUGCUUCGACAAGACGGGCACCCUCACCAGUGACCACCUGCUGCUGGAGGGGCUGGUGGGCGACCCGGAGCCCCGCCCGCCGCCGCCGCCCGCAUGCACG